AUGACUGAGCUGAGAGCAGAAGAGAAUGCUGGGAAAUACUGGUGUGCACGGUCAUUCAUGAAGCGUCUGUCGGAGGAUCGGCGUCCAUCAGCUGUAAACACAUCAGGAAUCAAACACAGAGAACCCUCUGCUGGAGUCUUUACUGUGAAGAUCAGCGAUCUGAGAGCAGAGGAUUCUGGGAAAUACUGGUGUGCAGAGGAGAGCUCUGGGUCCUUCAUAUUCACUGAAGUUCAGCUACAUCUGACCAGAGAUGUUUCUCUUGUUCACACAGGCAUCAUUUCAUCAAAAGACAGAAGACAGACAGGGGAUCAUGAAACGUCCAGUCAACCCACAAACCCCUCUGAUUCACAGAAUCCACUUUACUCAGAAGUCCAGUCACCCACAAACCCCUCUGAUUCACAGAAUCCACUUUACUCAGCAGUUCAGUUACCCAAAAACCCCUCUGAUGGGCUCCUUUGGUCUUCCCGGACCGACGGGCUGUGCUGCCCAGUCGACCUCCUGCUGGAGCAGCUGCCCAGUUAUCAGUCUUAUCUGUACCGGAGGAAGUCCAGCUCCAGCGGCAGCACCAGGAGGCGGGGCAGACAGCCGUCAAUCAAAGUGGGGGAAAAUGGGCGAAGCAAAGAAACCUGGAGGACGGGAUGGAUUGUGCUGGAAUUCUCUCUGCAGCUGUGGAGGACAGAUAUUCAUCUCAUCGAGGGCAUGUUUGGGACGGGAAUCCUGUCGUAUUUUUCAUUCCUGCGCUUCCUGGUGCUUCUGAAUUUCCAAUCAGUGUUUCUGCUGAUGUUUGUGUUUGUGGAUGCUGCCGGUGAUUAUCACGUCACACAGUGCACCACAACGUCAAACUACAGCAGCAGCAGCAGCAACGUGAGUGUGUGCAGUGAGUAUCUGGGCUCCUCUCGCCAGGGUCUCGUCGUGUUUCAUGAGCACAUCACAGACCUGCUGUCUGGAACGGUGUUCCUGGAGCACACGUACCUCUUCUACGGUUACUAUAAGCUGGAGUUCAUUCAUUCCCACUUCACCUACAACCUGCCGCUGGCGUAUCUGCUGGCCACCGUCACGUACCUGCUGCUGAGCCUCGUCUGGAUCGUCAAGAGGUCUGCGGCCGGUUUCAAGCGCAAGCUCAUACAAGACGAGGACCGCUUCCAGAGCUUCUGCAAUAAGGUCUUCGCCGGCUGGGACUUCUGCAUCACCAACGAGAACGCUGCACGUCUCAAGCAGAGCAGCCUACUGUACGAGCUCAAGACGGAUCUAGAGGAGGAGCGAAUCAAGCGCAAGAUGGCCAAUCGCACGCGCGGCGAGAAGUGUCGCAUCUACGCUCUCAGAGCCGCUCUCAAUCUCUUCGUCAUGGCCGUCCUGGUCGCCUGCUUCUACUGCAUCUACAUGGCCACGGUCUUCUCGCAGUGGAAGCAGGCGGAGGAUCAGAAGAGUAGCUUCCUGCUGGAGCUGGUCGUGGAGUAUCUGCCCUCCAUCGUCAUCACACUGGCCAACUUCAUCACGCCGCUGAUCUUCAACCUCAUCAUCACCUUCGAGGACUAUUCGCCCGCGUUUGAGAUCCGCUUCACCUUAAUGAGGUGUGUGUUCAUGCGUUUGGCCAGUAUCGGCGUGCUGCUCUUCUCUCUGUGGGUCCAGAUCACGUCCUGUUUAGACUGUCCCUGCGGCUACAACCAUCGGCUCUACCCCUGCUGGGAGACUCACGUCGGGCAGGAAAUGUACAAGCUUGUGAUCUUUGACUUCCUGAUCAUUGCUGCCGUCACCAUCUUCGUGGAGUUUCCAAGGAAGAUCAUCGUGAACUAUUGUGACUGUGGUCUGGCCAAGUGGUGGGGUCAGCAGGAAUUCGCCAUCCCACAGAACGUGCUGGAGAUCGUUUACGGCCAGACCAUCUGCUGGAUAGGAACCUUUUACUGCCCUUUGCUUCCUGCCAUCAACACCGUCAAAUACGUCCUGGUCUUCUACCUGAAAAAGGUGUCUCUGGUGACCAACUGUCGUCCCUCCACUCGUCCGUUCCGCGCUUCCAGCUCCAACUUCUUCUUCCUGGUGGUGCUGCUGAUCGGCUUGGCUCUGGCGUGUGUCCCUGUCAUCGUCAGUAUUGCAGAGAUCCGCUCGUCGCGAGCGUGUGGCCCGUUCGUGAGCUACAACACGUCGUGGGAGGUGGUGCCGCGUGUGGUUUCCCAGCUGCCCCCCGGCCUGCGCUCCUUCCUGCAUGCGCUCGCCUCCGAGGCCUUCGCCGUGUCCUUCUUCGUCAUCACCUGUCUGGGGAUGUUCUAUGUCAUCGCCUUGGCUGGAGCUCAUAAGCGUGUGAUUGAACAGCUCCGAGAUCAGCUGGCCAUGGAGGGUCGUGAUAAGCGUUUCCUCAUUCAGAAGCUGUGUCAGGCCCAGCAGGCCGUGUUCUCUCGGUGUCCGGAGCGCAGGCCUCCGCGGGGCUUUCGAGGGAACCGUCACGACGCGGGACUGUAUUUAGUCGAGCCAUCGGUGGUGCUGGAGACACAGGCGUGAUGCCUAACCACCAUCACAGCGGGAACGAACCGGGAACGUUCCUCUCAUCUCACACUACAGCCUCGCAUCUAAAGCUCACACACACACACGCACGCACGCACA